GGCACAAAAGAUUCAGAUCCAACGUCUCUAUCCCUUCUCAAAGAAAUUCAAAUUCAAAACUCCCUCUUCAGGCUCCAUCCCUCUCCCUCUUUCUGAUUUCUCUUGAAUCUCACAAUGGCAACUGGAAAUGCUUACCUAACUACGCCCACAAAAACACCAUCAUCGACGUCCACUUCGUCCCUCUCCAGGAAGCAACAGAACCCAAACUCCACCUCCACCACUUCCUCUUCCAGUUCCAGAUUCGAGGCCUACAAUCGCUUGCAAGCAGCCGCUGUAGCCUUCGGAGAGAAACUUCCUAUUCCUGAGAUCGUAGCACUUGGUGGACAAUCUGAUGGCAAGAGUUCGCUUCUCGAAGCACUACUCGGCUUCCGCUUCAAUGUCCGCGAGGUCGAGAUGGGCACCCGCAGGCCUCUCAUUCUCCAGAUGGUCCAUGAUCAUACUGCUGUGGAGCCCCGUUGUCGUUUUCAGGAAGAGGAUUCUGAGGAAUAUGGAAGCCCUGUUGUGUCAGCCACGACUAUUGCAGAUAUUAUAAAAUCACGUACAGAAGCACUUUUGAAAAGGACUAAAGCUGCAGUUUCUUCCAAGCCUAUUGUGAUGAGAGCUGAAUAUGCACAUUGUCCUAACCUCACCAUUAUUGAUACCCCAGGCUUUGUUCUUAAGGCAAAGAAGGGGGAACCAGAGAAAACUCCUGAAGAAAUUCUUUCGAUGGUGAAGUCAUUGGCCAGCCCUCCCCACCGCAUUCUCUUGUUCCUUCAACAAAGUAGUGUGGAAUGGUGCUCAUCUCUAUGGUUGGAUUCAAUUCGGGAGAUUGAUCCAAGCUUCAGAAGGACAAUAAUAGUUGUCUCUAAAUUUGACAAUCGGCUCAAGGAAUUUAGUGAUCGGUGGGAAGUGGACCGAUAUUUGAGUGCAAGUGGGUACCUUGGUGAGGGAACUCGCCCAUUCUUUGUUGCUUUACCGAAGGACAGAAGCACCAUAUCAAAUGAUGAGUUCCGCAGGCAAAUAUCUCAGGUGGAUUCAGAAAUUGUGCGUCAUUUGCGUGAGGGUAUUAAAGGAGGGUUUGAUGAAGAAAAGUUUAGGCCCUAUAUUGGUUUCAGCAGUCUGAGGGACUAUUUGGAAUCAGAGCUGCAGAAAAGAUACAAAGAAGCUGCUCCUGCAACACUAGCUUUACUUGAGCAACGCUGCUGUGAAGUUGCCUCUGAGCUGGCAAAGAUGGAUUCAAAAAUAGAGGCAACUUCUGAUGUCGCUCAGCUGCGCAGAUCUGCAAUGUUGUGCACAGCUUCUAUUUGCAGUAAUGUGGGAGCUUUGGUUGAUGGAGCAGCAGAUCCUGCACCAGAGCAGUGGGGGAAAACAACAGAAGAGGAGAAGUCAGAGAGUGGUAUUGGGAGUUGGCCAGGCGUUACUGUCAUCAUAAAACCUCCUAAUGCUACUCUCAGGCUCUAUGGAGGAGCUGCUUUUGAAAGAGUGAUACAUGAGUUCAGGUGUGCUGCAUAUUCCAUUGAAUGCCCCCCAGUGUCAAGAGAGAAGGUGGCAAAUAUUUUGCUUGCCCAUGCUGGCCGAGGAGGGGGUAGAGGUGUAACAGAAGCUGCUGCAGAGAUUGCCCGUGCUGCUGCCCGGUCAUGGCUUGCUCCUCUUCUUGACACUGCUUGUGAUAGGCUUGCCUUUGUUUUAGGGAACCUCUUUGAUCUUGCUCUAGAAAGAAACCGUUUUCGUAAUUCAGAAUAUGCAAAGCAAAGUGGAAAUAUAGAUGGAUAUGUUGGCUUUUAUGCUGCCUUAAGGCAUGCUUACAAUCAAUUCGUAAGAGAUCUUGCCAAACAAUGUAAGCAAUUAGUUCGACAUCAUCUUGAUUCAGUUACCAGCCCAUAUUCUCAAGUUUGUUAUGAGAAUGACUUUCAAGGAGGCUUUGGAUUGAGUGGGACAUCUUUUUUUAAAUUAAACCAAGCAUCUGCUGGUUCAUUUUAUUUCGAGCUAUCAGAUGCCAGGGAAUCAUCUCAUGAUGAAACAAUGAGAGACCAAGAGAACAUACCUCCAGAGAAGAAAGUACAGCAAACCACUCCAGGAAAAGGAGCAGAAGCUAGAGAAGCACUCAAAGAAAGCCAAAUGACUGUGCCUGAGACUCCAUCUCCUGACCAACCAUGCGAUGUGGUAUAUGGUGUGGCAAAGAAGGAGCAUGGAAACUGCAUUGAAAUUGGCCCAAGAAAGCGGAUUUCAAGAAUGACAGGAAAUAGCGAAAAUUGUAGAGUUCAAAACGGUGGUGGUCCUCUAUUUGGAAAUGGGGAAAGCGGUUCAAGAUCUUGCUCAGCUUACUCAGAAAUAUGCUCAUCUGCUGCACAGCAUUUUGCACGGAUACGUGAAGUUCUUGUUGAGCGAAGUGUAAUGUCAACCUUGAACUCUGGCUUUUUGACCCCCUGCCGGGAUAGGCUCGUUGUGGCUCUAGGGUUGGAUUUGUUUGCUGUAGGUGAUGAGAAAUUUAUGGACAUGUUCGUUGCACCGGAUGCCAUUGAUGUGCUACAGAAUGAGCGACAAUCUCUUCAGAAGCGUCAGAAAAUACUCCAAUCCUGCUUGAGCGAGUUCAAAAGUGUUGCUCGUGCUCUUUGAUGGCAGCCUAGUUCCACAUCCUUCAAAUGUUUCACUUCUAGUGAACAAUGCAAAGUUCCCACUGCAGGGCCUGCUCGUUGAUCUCUUAGCUUGUUAUUGACGGAACCAUUUCAUUAUUUGAUAACCAAGUUAUAAUAGUUGCAAAAGUUCCGCUCCUGCUAUUAUGUACAGAAUAUUUUUUUUCUUGUGAUGCCCAAUUUACUCGAGUGUUCCUUUCA